GGUUGCCGAAAGGGCGAAGUAUUUGUAGUACUCUUCAUGGUCUUCACAGACUUGGGUGGGUGAAUACUACAUACAGCCCUUGAUGUCCGCUUGCUUCAGUUCUUAGCUGUCCGCUCUGCAUUCUUUUACUGCGCACUACUCUCAUCAUCUGUCUCGGAGUUCCAUCUCUUUGACCUGUUCAGCAAUUUAUUACCUCAGCCAGCAGUCAAGCAAGAUAAUACACUAUGGCUGCUGCAACUACGACGCUCCCGAAUGGGACUUCAGCAGCUCCCAAAGAAGGACCCAUCGAGACGAACUUCCUCAUUGUCGGAGCCGGACCAGCUGGCUCAGCACUGGCUGGCUUCCUCGCCUCAUAUGGACUCACCGGUAUCGUAUUGUCCGCGGCGUCCGGCACAGCAAAGGAGCCUCGAGCACAUAUUACCAACCCUGCGGCGACAGAGUGCCUGCGUGACAUCGGGCUGGAAGAGGAAAUCCAAAACAACGCCACUCCUCCCAGCCACAUGCAACACACUCGAUGGUGCCAUGACAUGGCCGGCGAGGAGUACGCUCGUAUUCAUUCAUGGGGCAAUCAGCCUGACCGAAAGGGCGAAUACGACGCCGCGAGUCCUUGCAAGCACGUCGAUUUGCCACAAACGCUGCUCGAACCUAUUCUCGUCAAGAACGCUCUGGUGAAAGGGUGGAAGGUCCGCUUUGAUUCGUCGUUUGUCAAGUUUGAGCGGGAUUCGCCCGAUGGACCCAUCACUUCGACCGUCACCGACAACCUCACCUCGCAAACCUACCAAAUCCGGUCUAAAUACUUGUUCGGCUGUGACGGUGCUCGAAGCCAGAUAAUGCGCCAGCUCGACGUACCCUUGAUUAAGCAGCCGGGUCAAGGUCUCGCCAUCAACCUGCAUGUCGAUGUAGAUCUGUCGAAAUACGUCGAGCACCGAACCGGCAAUUUGCAUUGGCUUAUGCAGCCGGAGAAAGAGCAUCCACCGUGGGGUUGGCUCUGCUUGUUGCGAAUGGUGAAGCCGUGGCACGAGUGGAUGUUCAUCAUUCUUCCGGAACCAUCCUUCAAGGAUUUCAGCAUUCGUCCGUCGAAUGAGGAGUAUCUCAGGCGGGUCAGGGAAUGGAUUGGGGAUGAUAGUCUGCCUGUCAAGAUUCUGGAUGUGUCGAAGUGGUAUAUCAACGAAAUUGUAGCUGAGUAUUACAGUGACGGCAACAUCUUUUGCCUGGGCGACGCGGUGCAUCGACACCCGCCUUUCAACGGCCUGGGCAGCAAUACCUGCAUUCAAGACGCGUUCAACCUGGCCUGGAAGGUGGCAUAUGUCGAACGCGGGCUCGCAAGUCCAAAGCUGCUCGACACGUACUCCGGCGAACGCCAGCCCAUAGGUGCUGGCAUCAUUAAGCGAGCUAACCAAGGCCUACGUGACCACGUCCCAGUGUAUGAAGCUUUUGGUGUUCUCGCCGAGACAGUGGAAGAACGCAAACGGCAGUUCGCCGAGCUCUCCGCGCCGACAGAAGCGGGGCGAAAGCGGCGCGAGAAGCUGAGAGAUGCCAUCAAGUACACGGAGCACGAGUUUGGCGGGAUUGGUAUUGAGAUGAAUCAGCGGUACGAGUCCGGCGCGGUGUACUUGAAGGAUGAGAAGGAGGCACGACGGCCACCGCCCGAAGACGCAGUCCUGCAAUAUCAACUGAGCACAUACCCCGGAUCGAGGUUACCGCAUGCGUGGAUCAACAAGCGUGUUCCGGAUCAAGGACCGAUAUCGACGAUCGACUUAGCAGGGCAUGGAGAGUUCAGCCUUAUUACAGGCAUUGGAGGCGACAAGUGGAAGCAAGCGGCGUACGAGGCUUGCAGGUAUCUGGGUGUCAGUGUGAAUGCGUACAGUAUUGGCUGGCAUCAGGACUGGGAGGAUGUGUACGGUGACUGGUCGAGACGGAGAGAGAUAGAAGAGGAUGGUUGUGUUGUGUGCAGACCGGACCGGACCAUUUGUUGGCGGAGUCCAAGCAUGCGCGAGGAUUGCAAUGAGGCUCUACUCCACGUGCUGAAGACCGUGCUGGGUAGGACCUCGUAGUUACACACAUAUAUUAUCAUGUCACUCCCAUACCUUCCGAGCGCAAAAC